GGCUCAUCGGAGGAGCCGGGACACCUGUGGCGAGCUCGGAUUAUUUCUUUAAAAUCCUUAUUUUAUCCUUAUAUUGUUUACAGCUUCAAAACCCGUGGAAAUGUUCAACAGUUUUUUCAGGGACUUUGACGAGGACCCGUUCUUUUCGGAUCCAAUGCGGGCUCACAGGGAACAUAUGCGGCACAUGAUGCGUAGCUUUUCUGAGCCAUUUGGCGGGGCUUUGAUGCCCAGUAUAACGGAUGGGAGAACCCGUGGUCAUGACAUGGCAGAACAUCCUAGCUCAUCCUUGGCACUGAGGGAUGAACACAGGGAUAUGAGCCGGUCAUUAUUGCCCUUUAGCAGUACCGACAACACGGACACGAUGAUGAACCCUUUCAACAUGUUCGACAACAUGAUGGCGAACAUGAGAAACAGGAUGCAGGAAAUGCACCGAAACUUUGAGAACAUGUCCACAGAUUCAAACACCCACUCAUUCAGCUCCUCAUCAGUCAUGACUUAUUCAAAGGUUGGAAAUGAUCCUCCCAAGGUCUUCCAAGCGACCUCAUCGACACGCCGUGCCCCUGGAGGGAUCAAGGAGACCCGGCAAGCACUUAAAGACUCUGAGAGUGGCCUGGAGAAGAUGUCAAUCGGUCACCACAUCAAGGACAGGGGACAUGUUGUCGAGAAGAAAUACAACAAGAAAACUGGAGAGAAGGAGUUCAACCAGGACUUUCAGAAUAUGGAUGAAUCUGAAGCACAGUCUUUUGAUGACGAGUGGCAGCAGGAGGUGUCCAAGUUCCAACGAUCUGGUCCCAUGUCUCGCCUGGAGGAAGCCCGACACCGCGCUGUUCACCAAGCAGCCCUCACUGGUCCGGAGAAGACCCACAGAGACAAAUCAAAGGGCAAAGCUGAGGGUAAAAGCAACAUGAAGGGCUCGGGCUCGACAAAGUAGUAAAACCAUCUGGUUGUGUGCUUAUUAAAGUCUUUGAAGGAUCAUACAGUACACUCUGGUGCUCUGUACGCACACAUGGACAGACCCUGGUUUGAUCAUUAAGACAGACAGAACCAGAAGGCACUGACCCAUAUUUUGAAAUAUUUAAGUGACUAUACAUUUUACAUUACUGCAGCCCAUUUUCCAAAGCAUACUGCAUUACAUGAAAAACAACCUGCUGAGAAUUGAGACCUGCUAUAGAUGGCUUCCCUAUCACACUGUUAAUACUAUGGACGUGGCACUUGGCACAGUUCACACUUGGGAUUAAAAACAUAAAGAUGGCAAGACAUGUAAGGUUUGGCGAGGGACAAAAAAAAAAGAAAGAAACUAAAGUCCUAAGAUAUUCUUUGAAGAUUGGUCAAGAGCAAUGUGAAAUAUACGUGAUUUGUAGUGUGUUGGCCAGAGAACACGCAAAACCAGUGGU